UAUAAUGCACAAAUUUUCUUAAUUUUAUUUCCGUUGAAAUGUUUUAAUUUAAAAUCUCAAAAGAAACUGUUGACUCAAAACAAAUGGCAAUGUUGCUUUGUAGUUCUUACACUCGGAAAAUGUAUCUUUAGCCAAGACAAGAGUUAGUCUUGGGACAACUUUCUUAAAUUCUCUUUGGAACUUCGUCAACAAGUGCACUUUAUAUGUUGGGGCAAUUGUGUUAGUUUUAAUUCAUCGAUAAAAAUGAAUCUUAAAUGCUUUAUUCAAUUGUUUUUUAUCAUUGUAGGGUAUAAGACUGCAAAUGCUAACCCUGAACCGGAAAUCAGAACUGCCGAUUUGGUUACCCAAACCGUAUAUGGAUUCUUGGAUUUCACAACAACUAUUGGAAAAACUGUAAUGAUUUUCUCACCCCAGAGUGCUCCAAGUUUAGAUAUUUCAGCAUUACUUCCAAAUAAAGUGGAUAUUAUAAAGACCAAGCCAUUGGCUGUUCAAGAAAAACCACCAGGAAUUCAUCCAACUAAAUUAUCAACAAACAAUAAUCAAAAUAAAAAAUCCACAAGUCAAGACACGGAAAUAGCUCGAAAGGAUUUUUCAAGUCAACCAGAUUAUGAUUUACUAUCACGUCAACCUGAAACAUAUGCUGAAGAAUCUUAUCAUGUUGUUGAUUUAGUAUCAAAAAAGAGAAAUGGCUUGAGAAAAACAGCCACCUCUAAGGAUCCUCAUCCGGUGGGUUUGGUUACAACUUUGAGUGGCAAAGUAGCAAUGGAUGGGACUACAACAAUACACGAAACAAGUGUAAUUGGGACGUAUAUUUCGGGAAAAUACGCUCAAGUGCUACAGAGUAGUUCACGUGUUUUGAACAAUAACAACAAUCAUAUAACUCCAACCCAAACGCAACGUGUUUUGAGAACUGAAAGUCCAACAUCUAGGCAUUUCAAUGGACAAGUUAUGAAAUACAAAACGAGAACUUCUUUUGACGAAAACCGCAUAGUUUCUUCCACAUCGGAGUCUAGUGUACAGAACAGUAUCAGGAAGCAUGGAAGCAGUGGAAAACAUAAACCGAAAGGCCAUCAAAAGAAUAAAGGCACUAAAUCACCUAGAAGUUCGCACAGACAAAGUGAAUAUGUUUCAACAUCAACAUCAUCUUAUGAUGCAAGGAGAAGUCCCUUUAGGCACAGGCCUCAACCAGCUGCAUCAGUGACUUCGAGCAUAACUCCAGCAAACACAAAACUUCGUUCCGCAGGUAGAUGGCAAUAUAAAUCAUCUGUCAAGCCAAAAGUUUACAUUCGCAAGGCUUCUGAAUUAUCUUCCAUUAUUUCCCCUACUUCUUCAAUUUUUCCAACAUCAAAUGAAAUUUCAGUAUCGGCAGUAACUUCGUCAGUAGUGGAAACCUCAAAACAAACGUCAUCGGUCAAAGUUGAUAAAAUUGCUAAUAGUAUUCCAGCAAGUGAUGAAACCACCUCUAUGAUGUUGUACCCAGUUGAGACACUUAACAUUGACAUUAUCACACCAUCGAACUUUGAAGAUGUUUAUUAUGAAGUUGCAACCAUUAAGACACCCUAUACAUUCCAGAUUGGUACAAUAAAGAAGACAAGGUAUGUCACGGUUACAUCAACAACAGAAAAAUCUUUAGAAACGGAUUACAUCGAUAAAUCUACAAUCAAAGGACCUCUAAUCGAAAACAUUUUAGCUACAACCACUCAAAUAAAUCAGUUAUUGCAAGGAAGCAGUAUUACAACAUUUCCGGCAUGCACUUUAGCUGAUAUCUCUGAAACACCGUCUUUAGAUAAUUAUGUCGAAACUUUUACCCAAUCACAGCUCAAGCUAAAAACUCAAGUUUUUCCAAUAGUUAACGCAGAUAAAAGUACAAGUUUCCUAACUUUCCUACAAACAUAUGACAUCACCACAGUUAUAACUUCAACAAAAACAACACCCGUUUGCCUUGAAAAUAAUAACUUAUACGAAUUCAAUAGCAAGCUUGAUGAAUCAGGCUCCGAAAUACACUUGGAUCUGGAAUUUGCUGAUUUUGCAAAUGGCGACCAAGAUGACGGAAACAGUAGUCUCGCAGCCGUAGCAUCUUCAGUGCGGCCUCCAGUUUUAAAUGAAGAACUCGUUAAGAAACCCACCAUUCCUGAACCAUCGCAGAGUUUCUAUCCUCAAUUUUCUCCAGAACAACUGCAGCAAUUGGCAUAUUUGAAACUGAUUCAACAGAACGCUCAAGUACCUUUAAUCGCCCCUACACAAGAAACUGUACCAAUGGAAUCGCUCUAUGAAUCUCAUGUUAUUCCAAUUGUACAGGGCCAGCAAACAAGUUACCGCACAAUUUCAAAACUAGUUUCAAGGACAGCUGAAGUUCCAACACCCCAACCACAGCCAUUUGCAUCGUUGAACCCUUUUGGCUUGCAACAACAACCUCAAUUCAAGCUGGUUACCUCAGCUACGGUCCUACCCACAGUUUUAACUCAGACCUUAAGUAGAAUUUUGAAGCUUACAUUCGGCGCAAAAACAGCACUCACAACUAUAUUUUCAACAAACGUUGUAUCCACUGAUAUACCAACAUUCAUCACUACUUCCUUACCAGUUGCACCAACAGCUUCUUUCGGAGGUUUCUUUCCUCCAGCUUUUCCUCAGUUUCCAUUUAUCGGUUAGGGGAUCAAACGCAUGAGGCAAUAUGGAACACAGUGGCCUGACCGAUAUUUACCCUGAAAACAAUCAUAACAAUUUGAAAUAAAGCACUUUAGGUGUAGUUAAAUUCAGUUAGGCCAACUAAGUUCGUAUAGCCUCAAAGCUAUAAAAAUAUUCAUAUAGGUAUGUGGUAUUAUGAGGAGUACCCAUUGUACAUUUUUUUCAUUGCUUUGGAGACAUUUUUCUUAUUUAAAAUCAUUUAGUAGAUACGUUUGUACAAGAAGUAUUAUUAAGGUGUAAAAUUUUGUAUUUUAAGAUAUUGGAAAAAAAAUUUGUUAAAUACUUAUAUAUAAUUGUUAUCAUUGGUGCAAUUAUUGAUAUAUGUAAAAUUUUAAACUAGGCAAACUGCGACUCAAAAUUUAACAAAAAUAAAGAGCUUUUACUUGC